AUGGCGCAGAGUGCUCCACCGCCUUUUGAUCCCAGUCAUCCCCCCGUCCUCGAAGGCUUUUCGCCCAGCGCCUUCCAGCACCGGGAGGAGGGGUUCAGAGGAAAAUUUCUGCGCAAGACCCGCGAGAACCCGCUUGUGCCCAUAGGCUGCCUUGGCACAGCAGGAGCUUUGACCUAUGGACUCAUCUGUUUCAAGAGGGGCAAGAAUCGCCAGUCCCAAAUAAUGAUGCGGGCACGUAUUCUAGCCCAAGGCUUUACCAUUGCCGCCUUAAUAGUGGGGGUGGUUGUUACAGCAAUGAAAGCAGAGAAGUGAACCUACUGCCGGUGUACAGUAAUAUGCA